AUGGGACAGGCACAUCCGCGAGCAAGCCGAGAAGUGAAAGCACAAGCAGUUUUUCAUGGAGAGAGCGCACUGACCCGAGUAGUUACUUGCAGAGGGCGCACCAAUGCGGUGCUCAUGUUGGCUGCGACCGCGACGGAGGAAACAGAGAUCCUGGUUCAGGCUAUGGCCGAGAAACUACCAGCAGCUGGGCUUCAACAAGUGCGAUGUGUGACUGUAGACAAUCCUUCCGGCAAACUGUGGAAAGGCCUGCGUUGCAUUUGCCCAAAUUUGCAGAUUCUGUGCCUCGACCCUGUACAUCUUGCCAUGACAUGCGAGUAUGCAUCCAGUCGGAAGCGUACGGCAAUGUCCAAGACCUUGCGUGCAAUAUUGCAGAAGUUGUCCGUGCGGAGCUCACGCUGCACUGAAAACACGUGGGGCACUAUUUUCAGAGGCGAUAACGCCAAGCCUCUGACACAUGAGGAGCAGAAGGCUCGCUCGCAAAUUGAGGAUCGCAGCAUGCCGCUAAAGAAAGCUACCGCUGUGCUUGAACAUUUGAAUGCGUCCGUUCCGUUUUUCGAACGGGCUGAGUGGUCUAAGUCGUUGGCUGCUUUGGCAGCUGUGUAUCGGCAAGACAUGGACCGCGUGGUGCCGGGCCCGAACCGGAAGGUGUACGAACUUCUCCACUCGGCUGCCGCUGCAGAGCGGACGGAGUGGUAUUUUAACAACCUUCGCGCCCGACACGCGAUUGCCACCAGCAGACUAAGUCUGCUUCCGGUCGGCACGACCUUGUCCUUAAAGCUCAAGAUUCUGCAGCUUUCGAAGCAGAUGACGCACAAUGCUGCGCUGUACCAUGAAACGACUCGGCAGAUGGCCGAAGCCGAAGUCUUAGCUCGCACAUCGUCCAGGGAGAUGUGGAGCCUAGGGCAGUGGCACGCAUGGUGCGACGAGCUUCAGGAUGACGCUGGGAUCAAGAAGGCGUCUUUGCAUUUUCAUCCACAGAGGGAAAACGAGCGUGACACGGUUCGAGCAAGGGUCUUCAAAAGACCGGCAGCUAAUAUGGCUGAUGCUCCACCAACGAGCGGAGAACGCCGCACACUUUGGACCGGCAGGACAGCCUUCGUCGAGCAGGUGUCCGUGGCCGAAAACCGGCUACGUAAUUGCGUUGCGGUGUUUGCCACUUUGUGCAAGACCAGUCAGCGUGCUUCACAAUUGGGGCUGUUCUGGGAAACGCUCCCCCAGGUUGGACGGCCCAUCGCGGUCCGUGGCCGGACGCGCGGGUCUCGGCCCACGGCUGCGGCCGUUCUAGGCGCAGCGUGUUGCUGCGCCGUUGGUCCUGUGCCUCAUGUCGGCCAGCCGGAGGGUGUUACCCUUCUCGACUGCAUCGAGACUUGUGCGGCCCCUUUACCCGGGCGUAUGAGUUUCGUCCAGAGGUUGAAGUGGCGGAAAGAUAUUGCUACCAGACCGCUUAAGAGCCGCGACGGGCGGUUCACUACCUCUGAGGAAGAGGUCGCCCUUUGGCGCAGCGUCAUGGAGUUCCUCCAUGAGAUGCAGGAAGGAGAAGAGGAGGAGGAAGAGGAGGAAGACGAGGAGGAUCUUCCUCCCUCCAUGGCACCGUCGAUGGAGCGGCUGUCCCUACGCGGGCGGCUCCCGCCGCCGCGACGGACGCGCCCGCUACCGCAGCCACUGGCCACUGGGCUGACUGCGGCCGGUGACGGCGCGCUGGCUGUGGUUGCCGUCCCGGCUGACCGCCGUCGUGCGCUUCGCGCGCAUGGCGUUGCGAUUUCGUCGGGUGAGCGUGACCUGCUCACGACGAAAGCCUCGCGCCUUGCGGAGGAGUUCGGCCAGGUCGGGGGCGACUGGCACCCGACCAGAGUGGUCAGGCGCUUGCGGGCCAGGUUUUCGGUCGCAGCGCUCAUGGAAGGGGAUGACGGCGAUGCCGCCGAAAUUGAGAAGGAGAUCCAAACGAUUGGUGAGCUCAUCCUUGCCGCGGCAGGCAGAGCGCCAGCGCCGACAAGGUUUGGAGCUCUCAUGACGUUCCCCCGGGAGCGGCCGGCUCACCGUCGCCGCCGCUUCCCCCGCCGGCUGUUCCCGCCAGCUGCCAAAGCGCCACAGUUGGGGCCGGCGGCGGCCAAGUCUGGCGCCCCGACUAUAAGGUGCGUCCGUGGGCGAGAGGCCUUGAAGGAGGCUCUGUCGGCCCGCGGUGGCCAGAACUCCAUCACGUCAGUGAAGACGGACAACGUCUGGCCGACGUUGACGGAUGAUAACAGCGACACCAUGCAAGGACGCGGUGCUCUUUCACGAAGAGUUCGAGGACGUUUGCGCCCUCGCACGCGGGAGCGGCUCCUCGCCCUCAAGGUCAUCUCGGACCCUGAGGCGGUGUACCUUCGCAUCAAGAACAAGCACUUGAUGUUUGGUGAGAGCCGUGAGGAGCGAGAGGUGAGGGUGGAUGGUGAGCACCAGGCCUUCACGAAGGGGAAGCUCACGGGUCACCAAUUUGAGCCUCUUUUCGAGGCUUCCAUAGCCGAUUUUGAGGAAGUCGUCUUAGGCAAGAC